UACUCCCGUGUACAGGCCCCGUUAUGCCCCGCCCAACCCUCACUGACUGUCCUCUGAUUGAAGACUUCUGACUGCCCUGUGACGCCAGACGACAGGGGUUUGGGUUUCUCUCCGACCAUCACAACUGCCCUCGGUCUUGAUCCGGGGUCCUGCAUGCUUCGACACCCAAAACAUUUCCAAACUUGUACCUUUGUCGAACAUUUGCUCAGUCGUGUCAGUCUGUUGCUCCCGUCGACGCUGUCCUCGCACCUCUCUUUUUAACCUGGAAGCGUGUCAAUCUCAAAGCAAUGGCGGCGUCGGCGUUACUGAAGGCUCGUUGUCGACGGCCUAGCUAUCUCACAAAGCUAGCCAAGGCUGAAGACCUCAUCGAACAUUUCCCUCAUGGUUCAUACAUCGGUUGGUCAGGCUUCACAGGUGUGGGAUAUCCUAAGAAGGUGCCGACUGCUUUGGCAGACCAUGUUGAGAAGAACAACUUGCAAGGCAAGUUGAAGUACAAUCUCUUUGUCGGCGCCUCAUCAGGUGCAGAGACCGAAAAUCGAUGGGCUCGCCUCAACAUGAUCGAGCGACGAGCUCCCCAUCAGGUCGGCAAGGAGAUUGCCAAGGGAAUCAAUAAUGGAAACAUCCAGUUCUUCGAUAAACAUCUCAGCAUGUUCCCUGUUGAUCUCAUGUAUGGCUUCUACACAAAGAACAAGAGCAACAACAGGCUAGAUGUGGCCAUUGUCGAGGCUAGUGCUAUCACUGAAGACGGUGGCAUCAUUCCGGGCGCUUCCGUCGGCGCCAGUCCUGAGAUCAUCCAGAUGGCUGACAAGAUCAUCAUCGAAGUCAACACGGCAGCUCCCAGCUUUGAAGGCUUGCACGACAUCACCAUGACCGACCUGCCUCCGCGACGAAAGCCAUACCUCAUCAUGGCCCCUGAAGACCGCAUCGGUACUCCCCAUAUCCCCGUCGAUCCUGAAAAGGUCAUUGCUGUGGUCGAGUCCGACUAUCCUGAUCAAACCAGCGAGAAUGCUCCCGAGGAUGACUCUUCGAGAGCAAUCGCUGGCAACUUGAUUGAGUUCUUGGAGCAUGAGGUCAAGCACGGAAGACUCCCUCCUAACCUUCUCCCCUUGCAAUCUGGUAUUGGUAACAUCGCAAAUGCCGUUAUUGGAGGACUUGCGAACGAGGCAAACUUCAAGAACCUCAAGGUGUGGACCGAGGUGUUGCAGGACUCGUUCCUCGAUCUCUUUGACAGUGGAAACCUCGACUUUGCGACCGCCACCUCGAUUCGAUUCUCUCCCGGUGGAUUCAAGCGAUUCUAUGAUGGCUGGGAGAACUACCACCACAAACUCCUGCUCCGCUCACAACAGGUUUCCAACUCACCUGAGAUUAUCCGUCGCCUGGGAGUCAUUGGCAUGAACACGCCCGUCGAGGUCGAUAUCUACGCCCACGCUAAUUCAACCUGCGUGCUUGGCUCGAGAAUGUUGAACGGUCUAGGUGGAUCCGCCGAUUUCCUACGAUCCGCCAAAUACUCCAUUAUGCACACACCCAGCACCCGACCUUCCAAGACCGAUCCUACCGGUGUAUCAUGCAUCGUCCCCAUGUGCACUCACGUUGACCAGACCGAGCAUGAUUUGGAUGUGGUGGUGACGGAAGUGGGUCUCGCCGAUGUUCGAGGAAUGUCCCCACGAGAACGCGCUCGCGAAAUCAUUAAGCAGUGUGCCCACCCCGAAUACAGACCCAUCCUGCAAGACUACUUUGACAAGGCCGAAUUCGAAUGCCUGAGGAAGGGCAUGGGCCACGAACCUCACCUGUUGUUCAACACUUUCGAUAUGCACAAGAAUCUUGUCGAGAACGGAACCAUGAAGAUCAACGGCUGGAAAUGAGAUCUUUGAGAGCAGUUGUGUUGAAAGAUCAAAUGUUAAAUUUAAACUACACAAAUAACCCCAGGGGUGGCCGUCGGUCUAGGGUGUCAAAAAAGCCGAAGAAACUGAAGAGUACAGGAUAGCAGUCGGUGUGGUUCGGGCAGAAGAUGUGUUCCCGGCUUGGAAACCCACUGAUGAGUUACUUAUUGCCCAUGUCACAACAUGAUAUUGAUUUGAGAGCUGGGAGCUUUGGAGAGUUGGGUUCGCUUGGGCCGUCUUCAGAGCUGAUUGUAGUAGGUAUAGCAAAGAAAUCGUUGCAAAUAGUACUUAAAGUCAACACUUGUCGCAAUUUUCUGAUUACAGAAAGAGUCCCAUAGAAUCUAUUCUGGUCUGAAAAUUACAUCGAGCUGCGAGACUUCAACCCAGGAUGGGAACGGUAGAUGAGCUUGGGAUAAGACGACUGAUGCACUUUUUACUCCUCUUUCCUAAUCUCAAACUUGACUAUGGUACCUAGUUGCGUUUCGAGGAAGGGUCUGGUAUGGAACGAAAGGGCCAAAAGAGGGGGAUCGACGACGAGAAGCCAUGAUUCUAUUCGAAAAGACGAUGGUUUUGGAACAAAAAUGGAAAUAACGAUCAUAAAAGGAGUUCGCAAGGAAGUAUUCGGAUGACCAUGAUAGGAGGGAGGGGUUGGGAGGCUGCGCCAGCGAUGGAGGUA